GUGUGUGUACAGGCUCAGUAAGGAGCUGCAGCAGAAGGACAAGAUCAUCGAGUCUCUCCGCACCAAACUAAACCAGCAUCACCAUCAUCAUCCUCAUCGCUCCGACACGCCCUGCAGCAGCCAUGCGCUCUCUGACACCACUGACCAAUCAGAUCGUAUCUCCUAUGUGUCUGAUGAGCAUGGAUCCACCAACGAGGACCUGGAGCUUUGCUCUGAUGUGGACGCUGCCAGCGAGCUCGGUCAGAAGGAAACACGCACUUCCACCAGACUCAGCACAGAUUGCCGCUCUCACAGUGGCUCCAUGUCACGUCACCCGUCUGUCCCUCCAUCCAUCACCUCAUCCCACAGAUCUCAGUCGUGCCUCAGCUGUCCCAGCAUGCAAUGCCCGAGCUCACCACACAAACCCAUAGACGUGCAGAGUCAGACAGGGUUUUCCGCGCCUCAGUCCAAACCUCUUCAGGGUUUCCCCUUUUCCCACCAGCAGCCCGACUCCUCUGCCUUCCUGCCUCUCUCCUACCACGGAUACCAGCCUUCUCCUUUCAGCAGCGCUACCAGCAGCUGCCUGGAUGCCAGCUCAGCAAUGAAAGCUGGGGCCAGUCUUCUGGAGAGCAGUGCAUUGUGGGAUAUGGCCUAUGGCACCCGACCACUGAGACUUGGAGCCGACCUGUCCUCAGGAUCCUCGGGGUACAGUCGGGCGCCAGCAACACAGGUUCAGACCUGAUGAAGGAGCACCUGCGAGAGAUCAGGACUCUGAGACAGAGACUGGAGGACUCGAUCCAGACCAACGAUCGCCUCAGACAACAACUAGAAGAGCGACUGGCCCGCACCUCCUCGGAGAAAGGUGCUCCUACCAACAUCUACAUCCAGGGUCUGGACUCAGUCGGCCAGCUCUCCAGUGAGAUCAGACUUCUGAAGGAGGAGAACGUCAGCCUGCAGAACCAGCUGAAGCAGGCCACCAGAGAGGGCAAUAAGGAGGCAGAGCAGCUGAGGGAGGCAGCUCUCCUGGAGCAGGCCAGGUUGAAAGAGGCGGAGCUAGAGGCUGAGAGGUGGGCGGAGCAAAGCAGGAAGCUGCAAACUGAGGCUGAAGCGCUCAACCAAGAGAUUGCGCAACUGAAACAGGACAGACAGAGGAACCAGGAAACCAUCAACAGAUUCCAGCAUGAGGUGAGCAUCCUUCAGCAGCAGCUAUGUGAGAGCCACAGUCUGGUCCAAUCUCUUCAGCGUGAGCUGCAGGUGUAUCACAGAGUGUGUGGAGUCACCGCAAACACACACUCAGCAGGUCAGUCCAGUGAAGGUACCCAACACACUGCAACCUUUGACCCCAGAGAGUUGCACAUACAGCUGGAGCAGCAGCUGAGUGGACAGACUGGCCCACUGCCUCGGUCCAGGAGGCAGCUCUUCAAUGACGACGUUCCCUCCCCUCCCGUGAGAGACACUGGACUCGUCAGUCCUUCCUCUCCUCUACAUCCUGCACAGAAACAUGCAGAAGACACCGGAGCAGCCGAUCGAGCCUCGACCCUGCAGGGUCAAGCCCCAGACGGCUCUUUCUCCAACCGUCAUGGCCGCCAUGCAGUGGGCCACAUUGACGACUUCAAGGCUCUGCAGCGGCAGAUCCUGGAGGGCAGCGCUCUCCUCCGCAAGAUGGAUGCCACCCUUCAUUCCCUGAGCAACCCACCGGAGUUCAGCCUUCAUCAACCUUCAGACUCCGGUUCUGUCAGGAAGCUGCUGUCUGACAGUAAAACCCUGCGGCAGAUCCUGGAGGAGGCCGGCUCUCUGCUCCGGAUGUUCUGGAGAGCAGCUCUGCCAAACUUCGAGGAAUCCAAACAGGAUCCGUCUCUGAGGGAGGAGGUCGUUUCUCUCCGUCUGAGGCUCUCAGAGCAAGAACAGGCUCUCAAGGAUGCCAUGGAGAGAGUGAAGAGCUCCAACCGCACCAAAGAUAGCAUGGAGCACUUUAUAGUCAGCCAGCUGUCGAGAACACAGGACGUCUUGAGGAAAGCCAAGACGAACUUACAGGUGAAAACGCAGGAGGCUUCUGUGAGCUCGCCUUCUCUCUCUGGUUGGGGUGUCAUGAGGCCCUGGACUUCCUCCAUCUCCUCUUCCUCUGCUGUCCUGGGACCGGCUCACCACCAGCGCCCCCUGCAGCCAGCCUUCCGAUAG